CCCAUCCGGUUCGGUUCGGGUCGAGUCGGUUUUAACCAAGAAAACAGAAACCCUAGAGCAAUGAAGGCGGCAAAAAAGAACCGAACAUUUAUCCACGUGGUGCUCUCAGAUUUCCAAAGACACGUGACACCACGAGCUUAUCAUGAAAUCUAAACCCUUGAGCUUUGAAUAUCCCCUCCUCGGCCACAUCAGAGAAGAAAGGGAAAAAAAAUGAAUGGGGUCAAAGGAAAAUUCCUGAAGAAGCUCAAAUCCAUCAAACACGAUCGGAUUCUCCAGGCCUUUUCUCCAGAUGGGUACUCAGAUUUCUUCUCCAGGAACGAAAAUCUCAAAGCCAAUCUCAAGAACACGAACGAGAAGAUCGAUUCGCCGAAGAGAAAGAAAAACCCAGUUGGCGUUGGAGAUGAAGAAACAGAAACAGACACAGAGAUCCAUUUCGAGAUUGAAGAUAAAGAGAACAUCGAACCGCUCAGAAAAGGUAAUGUGUAUGGGAAUUCCAAGUGUUUAAGAACUCGAAAUUGCUCGUCGGAUUCUGGGCAGGAAAAUUGUACACCAUUGUUGGAAAUUGACAUCUCGUCUUUCAGGCCGCCGGACAUGAACUCCGGCAGCCUCUUCGACCCCAAUUUACUGGCGGUUUUCCACCAAGUAGUAGUGGAACAUAUGAAAUUAAGAGAGGCUGAGAUCAAAAGCAGAACCAAAAUUCAAGAGAAAGAGGAGGAGGAAGAAGAAGAGAAUCCUCUGUUUGGCUUCCAAGAAAAUUGCCCACCAGAGGGAUCAGAUUCAGUGAUUCUCUACACAACAACUCUUAGAGGAAUCAGGAAAACUUUUGAGAAUUGCAACAGCAUAAGAUUUCUAUUAGAAACUUUCAGAGUGAAAUUCUACGAGCGGGACAUUUCAAUGCAUAAGGAGUUCAAGGAAGAGCUAUGGAGAGUUUUGGAUUCAAAGGCAUUACCUCCAAAGCUCUUCAUCAGAGGAAGGUACAUUGGCGGAGCAGAGGAGGUGUUGGGGCUGCACGAGCAGGGGAGGCUCCGGGUGCUCUUCGAUGGGGUUCCAAUCGACCAUCUCGCCGGGAACCCGUGCGAUGGGUGUGGCGGAAUCCGAUUUGUGCUCUGUUUCAACUGCAAUGGGAGCCAUAAAAUUGUUGGUGAGGAUGAUGAACAGAGGAUAUGUCCAGAAUGUAAUGAGAAUGGACUCAUUCUGUGUCCCUAUUGCUGCUAAAAUUAUGGAUUUAUUGUUGA